AGGAGACAUGUGACAUUCUUCACUUCACACUCAAAUAGUAGCUGCUUGUAUGAGAGCAUUACUUAAUAUAGAAUGUAGAUUCUUCACAAUGGAAAUAACUAAUAUCCUUUUUCUACUAUUAGUAUCAGAAUUUUUCUCCUUUAAACUGGUAUUCUCCAACUUCCACUACAUUCCACUGUCAAAAACCUAUGAAGAAGCAAAGAACCACUGCAGAGCGAUGUACACGGACCUGGCUACCAUUAAUAAUCUGACAGAUAUGGCCAAUUUCAUUGCUUCUGUUCCAAAUACUACAAACCGAGCGUGGAUAGGACUGGAGAUGGGAGAUGUCCCAAAGUGGAAUUGGGCUUGGCCUCAUCAAAAACUGGGUUAUUUUAACUGGAGGACGGGAGAACCACAAGGUCUGGACCAAAGUUCAUGUGCGGGCAUGGAUGUACUGGGACAAUGGUUUGAGAGUGAUUGUGACACCAAACGGAGCUUUGUUUGUCAGGGCAACAUGGAUGAUACCAGCAACUACAUUUUUGUUGCUGACACCAAAACAUGGAGGGAUGCCCAAAAGCACUGCAGAAAUAUGUCACUGGAUCUGGUUGGUGUUGGCUCAGCAGAAGACAACAACAAAGUCCAAAACGCGUCGACGUCUCAAAACGUGUGGAUCGGCCUCUUCCGAGACGCUUGGAAGUGGUCCGACGGGAGCGCGUCGUCAUUCCGCUACUGGAAACCACAGCAACCAAAUUCUGCUAACCAGGAUUGUGUUGCUGCUGUGUUGAAAGAUGACGGACAGUGGAAUGAUCUGAGGUGUAGCACCAAACGCACCUUUGUCUGUCAUGGCCCCAGCAAAGUUGCACCGACCAGUCAGACCAGCACACAGGAGACAACCAGUGUCACAACUCCGUCUAGCAGCUCAUCUUCAGAGGUGAUAUCCAUUAAUUCCACAGCAGCUACUUCAACACGACCAUUAAAUACAGGAGGUACCUCUGCUUUCACGACACCGCCUGGGACUCGGAGUACGACACCCGCAUCCACCGACAGCGAUUCUCAGUUGAUUGCAGGUAAUCUGAUCUUAAUUCGUAAAAACGUGACCUGGAUGGAGGCCCUGAGUUACUGCAGAGAACACCACAGGGACUUAGUCUACAUCACUAACCAAAGCACUCAGGAUCAAGUGGCGGAAAUGACAAAAAACGCCACAUCGACUCACGUUUGGCUUGGCUUACGCUACACUUGUAACUUCCACUUUUGGUUCUGGAGCGGUUCCUCCAUUCACUGUUACCAGAACUGGGCUCCGGGGCAAGGAUCGGAGGGUGCAAAGUGGUGUGGAGCUACCGGAGCCGUGGAGACCACAGGGGAGCAGCAAUGGGUCGGCUUGAAUGAGACUCAGAAACUGAAUUUCAUCUGCCAGAACUGUGCUGGUUGAGGAAGUUUUGGGAAACGCUGGUUAUUCCAGCAUUCUAUUCACAUGUCUCUCCAUCUUUGUCAAUGCAGGCCAGUGAGAAGACUUGAGUGCUGCCUCCUCCAUUGUUGAGCGUGAAUUUCAUUAAAUAUGCCAACAUUGUGGUGUGCCGGCCGACACAUUCAUGGGCAGAGAGAGUGACGUGAGAACAUUGAUCUGCUGCUUUCACUCGGGGGGUUAAUAUUUGCAUGUUGACCCCCUUCGGCUAUUGGGCUCAAGAUGGUCUUUUUAAGGACCACCAUGGUCCCCGUGCAGACUGCCUGCUGCCCCUACUGACCUGACCUUCACUUGUCCGCAGUGCUGAGGUCUACAUGGAUCACCACUAACCGUGGGAAUACUAUACACAACAUUCUAAACCAGGAGUCUAAAACACGCGGCCCGCGGGUCAUAUGUGGCCCGCAGGACACUAGUUUGAGGCCCCCGCCUUGAUAUGAAAGUUUAAUGUUAGUGCGGCCCGCGCAAGUUUGAUAUGGAUGCUGUAUGGUAUCAUGUACCCAGAAAAAAUUAUUACGUUUGAUUAAUGUUCAUGUUAAAAGUUAAAUAACUGUUAAUAGCUAUCCUCCCUAUCCGUGUGGAAGUGGUAAGUUUUUGGCUUUUUAUGUUUAAAGGAUUUGAAAUUGAGUUUGAGACCCCUGUUUUAAACUGUAAACUAUACACAUUAUGAAG